AUGGAGUCGAUAAAUUUGAGUUUCAAGCGUCCUCAUUGUCUUUCAUCUGCAGAUCUCUCAUCAAAUCAUGGAACUACAUGUACAUGGACGAUUGGGAAUAAGGACAAGACUCCGUGUUUGUCUGGGACAUUAGCGCUUGAGACGGGUUUGGAGCGGCUUCAUGUGUUUCCUACAUUCAAGCUCGGGUUUACGAUAAUGGGGAUUGCUCUGUCUGGCUUGAGAAUUGAGAAACUUGAUCUUCAAACUAUCCCUCCUCGUUUGUAUAAAGGGUUUCGUGCUCAGACACGAGCUGGAGAUUUCGACGUCAGAUUGUAG